AUGGAAAAGUCGCUGAAAGAAAGCACUAUCUCAGAUGGCAGCUCAGAAGAGAAAUCCACCAUUGCGUUAUGCAGUGCAUCGGGACCUAGGGUUUUGGGGAGUCCCAACAUCUGCAAUAAAAAAGAGUCGGAGCAUCCUUGGAAUCCUUCCGGACUUAAAUUUAAAAAGAAGUUUUUUGCGAGCACUUUAAAUGCAAAUUCUUUGCUGAAGGUUGGUAAACAAAAGGAAUUAGAACUACUUCUGGAUAGAAACGAUAUACAAAUUUUAGCAAUACAGAAGACAAGAUUUUUGGAUAAAAAUGUGACAGAAAUAAAAGAUUAUAGAAUCUUUAAUCGCAAGCCUGCGAUUAAAAUUAUGAAAGGAAUGUCAAUCUUGGGAACAGCCUUUCAUAUCCAUAAAAGAUUAUUAAACUGUGUAACUGAAUUCAAAUCCUGCUCAGAAAGGAUGUCUCUUUUGACAAUGAAAUGCAAAAAUAAAUUAUACACUUUUAUUAAUUGUCAUGCACCAAUAAAUAAAGACAACAAGAAGAACCCAAAUAAAGUAGAGGAAUUCUGGGACGAUGAAAUGUCAAAAAUUCCAAAAUCAAAUGUAGUGAUAUUACUUGGGGAUUUUAAUGCCCAAAUAGGAAGAGAGAGAAUUCAUAGACCAAUAGUGGGAGAAUAUGCUGCACACCAAAGAACAAAUAGAAAUGGGAUGAGAUUGAUUACUAUUUGUAAAAACUAUCAAAUGAAGGUAAUGUCGACUUUUUUCAGGAAAUUGCCAAGAAGAGCUAAAACAUGGAUUUCUCCAAAUCCAAUGCUAGGUGAAUUUCAUAUAGAUCAUGUAGCUAUAUCCAAAAGAAACAUGACGGAAAUUAUGAAUGUCAAGAAUUUUAAGAGUCAACUAAAGGGGUAUCAAGCGCCUAGCAUAUGCUUCAAAGAUGAAAAUGGUAAACUUGGCCUAAGCAAUGCGGAAAACUGUGAAAUACUUGUGAAACAUUUUGAUCAACUUUUAAACUGCCCUGAACCAAAACAUAAAUUGGAAUUCUCUGAAACAACUGAAAAUCUGGAAGAAGAUAUAUCACCUAAUGCUGAAGAAAUUAAGGAAGCAAUUAACAAUCUAAAACAUAAUAUACUGCAGUUAAUCUUUGAAGAUAUUUGGAGAACAGAGAGAUUUCCAGAAGAAUGGAAAGUAGAUCUAAUUCACCCAUUACAUAAAAAAGGGGACAAACAGAAUGUUGAUAACUAUAGAGGUAUCUCUCUUUUGCAAACUGCAUACAAGGUAAUCUCAAAAAUAUUGCUGAAUAAAAUAGAAACAACACUUGACAAGCAACUGGGCGAGUAUCAAGUUGGAUUUCGAAAAGGCAUUGAAAUAAGUUUCCUAGCAUUUGCAGACGAUUUUGCUAUAGUGUCAGACAACCUAAAAAGUGCAACAACACAAAUCAAUCUCUUGGAAGAAAUAACUAACAAAGCAGGUUUGAAAAUCUCCGUAGGAAAAGCUAAAUUUAUUACAAACAUCAAGAACGCUCAAAAAUUUUUAACUACAGAUAUUGGUUGUGGAAAAAAAAAAUCUGCAGUAGAAGAAAGGUUACGCAAGAUGGAAAUACCGUAUGGUAUCACUAAGAAUUUUUACAAUAAAAGAUGUUUAUCUAAAAAUCUUAAAAUAAGGCACUACGCUACAGUAGUGAAACCGGAAUGCUUAUAUGCGAGUGCUUGGUACUAA